CUCAAUUGGAAUGGCAUUGGUCUGAACACAUUUUGCCGCUUUGUUGUUUAUUAUUUGCACCUUGUUUAUUGUUAUAAAAACAAUGAAUUUACUUCCCAAAACCCGCGAAGAAUUCGCUCAGACAGACUACUGGAACGAAUUCUUCAAGAAACGUGGCGAAAAGGCCUUUGAAUGGUAUGGCGAAUAUUUGGAGCUUUGUGAUCAGAUACACAAAUACAUAAAGCCGGCUGACAAAAUUCUAAUGCUAGGAUGUGGUAACUCAAAACUGAGCAUGGACAUGUACGACUCCGGGUUUAGAGACAUAACCAACAUUGAUAUAUCACCUGUUGCUGUCAAAAAAAUGUUGGAACUUAAUGCCAAAUCCCGACCAGACAUGAAGUUCCUUCAAAUGGAUGCCACUGCCAUGACCUUCACGGAUGAGAGUUUCUCAGUGGCUUUGGACAAAGGUACCCUGGAUGCUCUGUUUGCGGACGACGCCAAGGAGACAAGACUGGUUGUGGAGAACUAUUUUAAAGGAAUACUCAGGACCAUGAGGAAUGGAGGUCGCUAUGUGUGCAUCUCCCUGCUGCAGGAGCACAUCCUCAGCUUCCUGCUAGACUAUCUACCUCGUAAUAAUUGCAUGUUAAGGAUCGUCCACUGCCUCGGAGUGGAGCAGGCCAACAAAGAGAAGAACUCUGAUGAUGCCUUGACCUUACCUGUGUUUGUGGUCAUAGCCACAAAGUUCAAGAGUCUUCCCAUGCCUAUUCUCGAGUUCGGAUUAGGCAAUGACAAGAUGCAGCGAUUCACUGCCUCAUCGGAUCUCAUGAAUGCCGUGUCGUCUGUUCAAAAGGCUGCUUUGGUGUGCAAUGGAUUGGCCAAGUCGAGCAUUGCUGGCCACAACGAGGUGACCAUGGAUCUGCAUCGCCCAUCCGAGACCGAUCCCCGCUAUACCAUACAUAUUCUGGACCAGCCCCCGGCCCGAUGUCUGGGAAAGUAUGCAGCGUUCAUUGUGCCGCAGGGAAGAGAGAUCGAGUGGCUCUUUGGCACGCCAGAGGGUCGCAAGAAGUUGCAGGAGUCUGCCAAUUUCCAGCGCUUGGCUGUGGUCACCCUGCACAGAGAUCAGGUUUACAGCACCUUGGACGAGGUGAAGCUGGAGCUAGCUGACAGCAUAAAGAACCUGUCGCCUUCGGGUCUCACCGAUCAGAUACCAUACCUGUCCCUGGGCUCCGAUGUGGGCAAGCGGGAGACACUGAUUUGUGGUUUCUCGAAAAUAUCUGGUGAUUUUCGAAUCGAGGAGGUGGAGGCCAACGGGAAAACCCUGCGGCGACUCAUAUUCCUCAGCAAUCAGUUUGUAGUGCAAUCAGAGGCUUUGGUUAAAACAAUCAAAAUUAAAGGCAAGAAGGAGCGCAAGAAGAUCGACUUUGGUUACUUGGCUUGCCAGCAUCACUUGUACAUGUCGGUGGGCGUUCAGCUGGCCACCACUUUGCAGAAUCCGCGAAAGGAUGUGGAGAAGGAUGUGCUUGUUGUUGGCCUAGGAGGCGGUGGCCUGUGCAGUUUUCUUCAUGCUGCUCUACCUCAUGCUAGAAUCACGGCUGUGGAAAUAGAUCCUAUUAUGUUGGAGGUGGCUGAACAAUAUUUCGAACUUAAGCAGGACAAACGCUUCCAUGUGGUCAUCGAUGAUGGUCUGGCCUUUGUGGAGCGAUGUAGAAAUGAAGAUAUCCACUUUGAUGCCGUUUUGUUCGAUGUGGACAGCAAAGAUCUCAGCCUGGGCAUGAGUUGUCCGCCCCAGAGCUUCCUGGCCAUUGAUAUUCUGCAGCACAUCAAGGAGAUCAUCGGACCCAAGGGCCUCUUCAUGCUUAACCUGGUCUGCCGCGAUGAGAGCCUCCGUGGCUCUGCCAUGGAAGGCUUGCGGAAAGUAUUUCCGGCCGUGUGCAGCUACAAAUUGGACGAGGACAUCAACGAGGUUGUGUAUUGCGCCAACGAUGAAAAGUACAAAACCGUGGAGCAGUGGAGGAAACAGUUUGGCACCGCCGGUCGCGGCUUGAACAGUGCCGUCAAGGAGCAGAAGCUCGCCCUGGACGAUGCCCUCGAGGUGGCCGACUUUCUCGGCGAGUUGAAAAUAUAAUCUUUAUAUUUGAGGAUCUGUUAGCAAAAAUACGAUUUAAGUUUUUUAAAUAAAUGUUAAUUGUAUUUAAUUUUAUAUAUUUAUAUAAAUAAAGUCUAUACUAUUAACUAAUUGCAUGUAGAAUUGCUACGGAUAACAAACUAAAUGGUGGCGAAGAAUAAUCGUUGGAUUGGGAUUGGGUUUACGAUAUAGCAAGAAUAACGAGGCUUGGAAUAUAGUUAGAUUUAAAUAAUAACUAACCUAAGCUGGCCGGCCGUAUACA